GGCCCGCUUCUCUACGCGUACCUACUGUGCCGCGUUGGGAUACGACGAUUUCAACACGAGUUUCUAAAAAAGGACUGCAAUAUACUCUGCAUAUCAAAAAGCAAGACUUUUAUUGAGAACGUUAAAAGUAGGUUGAAAUUAGUUUAAUGCGUGAAGAGCACUUAUUUUAAACGAGUGUACAAUAUUGCGUGACUCGAUUCAUUAGUCAUGAGUUUCAUGGUAGAAGGUUGUACUGCCGGAGUGUCUGAAAUAAGAGUUAACUCUCACUGAACUCAAACGCAUUUAGAUAAAACAACUAAUCGUAUUACGUAGCCAAUAGACGAGUAUGAGAAGCAUCUCGUCCAAGAGUAGUCUCCUGGUGCCUCCAUCCCUCCACAACUCUAGUUGUACGCACCCCCGCUACGGCCCUGUGGGACCCACGGCGUCGCUAGGGGGUCUGGUGCAGGGGACCAUCAUCCUCACAUUGUUUGUCGGCAUCAUCAUAGCCAACAUGCUGGUCAUCAUCGUCAUCAACAGCAGGAGAUACUCCAAGUACAUACAUGCACAGCCCCGCUACCUGCUGACGUCACUGGCAGGCAACGACCUGGCCAUUGGUCUGUUGAUCACACCCUUCGGCGUGCUGCCGGCUGUGUAUGGCUGCUGGCCCUACAGUGAUAUGCUCUGUCAGAUACAGGCAUUGCUACGAGGCGCACUGACCCAGCAGAGUGCAGCUAUACUCAUCUGUAUGGCUGUGGACAGGUACAACUGUAUGCUGCACCCCGUCAGCUACCACAAGCACUCCAACAAAAAGGGCUGCAUGGCACUGUUGUGCCUCACUCUCGUCACCUCCCUCACCGUGUUCUCCACCCUGGUCCUACCCCGGGGGAGUUACUACUUCAAUGCCUCGGGUCUAGCAGCCUGCGACCCCUUCUACACCAGAGCCAGUCUCCGCAUUCUCGCCGCUUGUACAUUCUACUUCCCCACCACAAUGGUGCUCAUGUACUGCUACGGCUCAGCGUUCCAUGUCAACAAGCUCAGACUGAAACGAUCCGUCUCUGCUGCUAGUCCUCAGCAGGAAAUAUCUACUGCCUCCAUGGAAAAGUUGAUGGCCCAUGAGCGACGACUGAGUACCAAUGCCUCUCGCACCAUGGCGGCCAUGUCACUGGGCUUCAUCGUCAUGGUCACCCCAUGGACCAUCCAGGAAGUGGUUGUGGCCUGCACUGGCUCCAAGAUGCCGCCUUUCUUGGAUUUUAUGAUUACUUGGCUAGCACUCAGCAACAGUUUCUGGAACCCAUUUCUAUACUGGCUGCUCAACAACAAUUUCCGAAGGAUUAGCAAGGAAAUUUUCCUGCAAAAGGUGUUGUGUCGAAAGCCUAAAAAACCCAGUGAAGCGGCCAUUCGUUGCUGCACGUCGACGGGUCCAAUCGCAGCCGCAAUAGCCAGUCGCAGUGACCUGGAGGGGAUGAGUGAGCGGUAUUGGGGUGAGAUCCUAGAACGCACAGUGAGUAGUAGUAGUCUACAGGCUAUGUCACGCGGUGUACCCCCACCACUACCUCUCCCCACUGCCGCAGCUAGUAGGCGCACCCAGUGAUGCGCGCUGUUUGGCUGGUCUUUCCACUGUUCCAUCACCAAGGAGUCGUUUAGCGACCAGAACUGGUGUGAGGUGCAUGGCAUCAAGACCCACAGCACACUCUAGUGGUGACCAGCUUGUACAAAACUACCGACUAUUUCAAAGACCGUUUGUGUUAAGAUUUUAACUCAUCUCCAUUCGAAUGUUACUUUUAUAGUCUACCUUUCCUUGAAAUAAGACAAUCACAUGAACUGCAAUAACUUAUAGAUUUUAUUUAAGACUGUUUAUAAUCUAAGAUUAGUAGCUCACAUAGUUUUAAAGUUUAGUUGUGUUGAUGACUGUAUUUUAAGGUAUCUGUACAAAGAUAAAGCCCAACUUAAUUAACACGUCAUUACUUUAUUUUACUUUAUAAUGUAAUGUUAAUGUGGUAUUUAACAGUUAUGGACACGUAUUAUUGAUUAAAAGUGUAUCUUAGUAAUAAUAAUCUAUUGGUUUGUCUUUGCUUUAGUCCAAUGAAUCCCAAUAUUAAAUAUCGAAUAACCAACUUUUUUUUAACACAAAUUCUUCAAAUUGUCAAUAAUAAUCGGGUAAUAAUUGUGUUGCUUGAUAAUUUGAAUGCUUAUUAUGUGCUUGUUUUAUUAAAUUCUAAUUUAUUUGGUAUUUUAUUAAUAUAGUCUAAAAAUGGUUGUUGAAUCGUAAUAUUGACUGCCUAUACCUCUAUAAAAAUGUUAAAUACCGUAAAUGUAAAUUUUCUAGGAUGAAAGUUGUUAUUGAUCCUUCUCCAUAUCAACUAACCUAACUAGGCUAUCAUACUUGCGUAGGUUACUGUUCGUCGGUGAGUGUA